GCGGAGCUCUGCUUCCGGACACGCUGUUGGUUGCAUCAGCUUGCGAGGCAUUACGGCGGCGGAGCAGAGACUGAGGAGAGUCGGGAUGGCAGCUGCCGCUUCUGACUACAAUUCUAUUCUGAGCAUUAGUGAAGAGGAAGCCAGAUUGAAGGCUCUGAAUGAGUACCUCAGCACUCGUAGCUAUAUCCAGGGGUUCACGUUUUCACAUGCAGAUGUGGAAGCUUUCAGACAGUUUUCGGGCCCACCUGUGGACCGGCAUUUCCAUGUGGUGCGUUGGUACAGGCACAUAGAAGCAAUCUAUGAUGGCAGCAGUGAAAAACAUGACUCCUGUAAACUCCAAACAAGUAAAAGCAAGCGCACACAGCCUCACUGGUCUCCACCCCAAGGAACAAUACAACCCAAACUCUGCUUGUAUAACAGCCUCACACGCAAUAAGGACAUAUUUCAGCCGCAAAAUGACAACAUGGUGAAGUGGUAUUGUUGCGGUCCAACAGUGUAUGAUGCCUCCCACAUGGGACAUGCAAGAUCAUACAUUUCAUUCGAUAUCCUGAGAAGAGUUUUGAAAGACUAUUUCAAGUACGAUGUCUUCUACUGUAUGAAUAUUACAGAUAUAGAUGACAAGAUUAUAAAAAGGGCCAGGCAAAACUAUCUCUUUGAACAGUACACAGAGAAGAAGCCAUCAGCCACACAGCUACUUGAAGAUGUCCGCACUGCAUCUAAGCCCUUUUCAGCUAAGCUGCAAGAAACCACAGACCCUGAUAAGAAGCAGAUGCUGGAAAGGAUUCUGAAUGCAGUGAUAGCUGCUGUGGAACCUCUAGAAAAUGUACUGCGAAGAAACCUUCCUGAAGGGGAAGUCAGCAGACAUGCUGAGGUGUUGUUGCAUGAAGCAAAAGAGAUACUGUCUGAGUGGCUGGACACGAAGUUGGGCAGUCAGAUCACUGACAACUCUAUAUUUUCCAAGCUUCCCAAAUUCUGGGAAGAGGAAUAUCAUAAGGAUAUGGCAGCUCUCAAUGUAUUACCUCCAGAUGUCUUAACUCGUGUUAGUGAAUAUGUACCAGAAAUUGUGGACUUUGUUCAAAGAAUUGUAGAUAAUGGAUAUGGUUAUGUGUCCAAUGGAUCUGUCUAUUUUGAUACAAUAAAAUUUGAUGCAGCUGAGAAACACUCCUAUGCGAAGUUGGUUCCUGAGGCUGUAGGAGAUCAAAAGGCACUUCAGGAGGGUGAAGGUGACUUGAGCAUCUCAGCAGAUCGCUUAAGUGAGAAGCGUUCUCCAAAUGAUUUUGCUUUGUGGAAAUCUUCCAAACCAGGAGAGCCUUCGUGGGAUUCUCCUUGGGGGAAAGGCCGCCCAGGAUGGCAUAUUGAAUGUUCUGCAAUGGCUGGGUCCAUUUUAGGAGAGUCGAUGGACAUCCAUGGAGGAGGCUUUGAUCUUCGGUUCCCUCAUCAUGACAAUGAGUUGGCACAGUCUGAGGCAUAUUUUGACAAUGAUCAUUGGGUUCGCUAUUUCCUGCACACUGGGCACCUGACGAUCGCUGGUUGUAAAAUGUCCAAAUCUUUGAAAAACUUUAUUACAAUAAAAGAUGCACUUAAAAAACAUACAGCUCGGCAAUUACGGUUGGCUUUUCUUAUGCACUCUUGGAAGGAUACACUGGAUUAUUCAAACAACACUAUGGAAUCUGCUAUUCAGUAUGAGAAAUUCAUGAACGAAUUCUUUUUAAACGUGAAGGACAUCCUUCGGACGCCUGCUGAUGUGACAGGUCAGUUUGAAAAAUGGGAAAACCAGGAAAUAGAGUUGAAUAAAAGUUUUUAUGACAAGAAAGUAGCAGUCCAUGAAGCAUUGUGUGAUAAUAUUGAUACACGCACAGUGUUGGAAGAAAUGCGGUCACUUGUCAGUCAAUGUAAUUGCUACAUUGCUGCAAAGAAGACAGCCAGACAGAUGCCAAAUAGAAUGCUGCUAGAAAAUAUAAGCAUCUUUCUUACACAGAUGUUCAAGGUCUUUGGUGCUAUAGAAAGUGAUGAUGCGAUUGGCUUCCCAGUUGGAAGAAAUGGUCCAAACUUCAAUCUUGAAUCUACAGUAAUGCCGUAUCUACAGGUUUUGUCUGAAUUCAGAGAAGGUGUAAGGCAAAUUGCCAGAGAAAAGAAAGUGCUCGAAGUUCUGCAGCUUUGUGAUUCUCUUCGAGAUGAUGUCCUGCCUGAGCUUGGAGUUCGGUUGGAAGACCAUGAUGGACUCCCAACUGUGGUCAAGCUAGUGGACAGAGACACCUUACUAAAAGAAAGAGAAGAAAAGAAAAAGAUUGAAGAAGAGAAAAAAAGGAAGAAAGAAGAAGCUGCAAGAAAGAAACAAGAGCAGGAGGCAGCAAAACUGGCAAAAAUGAAAAUUCCACCAGGAGAAAUGUUUAAAUCAGAGCAUGACAAAUAUUCCAAAUUUGAUGAAAAUGGACUUCCAACCCAUGACGCAGAAGGCAAGGAACUCAGCAAAGGCCAGAUGAAGAAAGUAAAGAAACUCUAUGAAGCACAAGAAAAAAUGCACAAAGAAUAUUUACAAAUGGCUCAGAAUGGAGUUGCAAAUUGAGAACAAAACUUGGACAAUAUAGUUUUUAAAUAAAUGCAACAGCUGGUUAA